AUGGCAGCAUACCUUGUGAAUCGUGUCUGUGAGGAGUUCUUCUCCAGUGCCACAGUCUUUGUCGACUGUGUCAAGUCCAUGGAGAAGGAGCCCAAGCCUGUGGACCUUAUCAUGUUCGGUUUCUCGGCGCAAGCCUUGUGCCAGAUGUCUCCUAUGCCAGUUGCUUCUGACCCAGGCUUCACCUUGGCGGGACUCGCCGCAUUAGUCGGCGAGCAUUGCCAGAAGCCCGUGAUGGGCCUUGGCCUGAGAUUCAUCUUGCAGCCGAGCUGUAUCCCGAGCAAGGAGGAGGACUGGAAGGCCGUACAUGCAAUCCACAGCCCUGAGGGCAAAAGUCUGCUUGACACGGUCGACGAGAUGGCGUUCACAUCGCACGGUUCUCUCAAGUUGCUGAAGGACCUUGCUGAAAAAAACCCUUUUGCUUAUAUGAAUUUAAAUCAUCUCCGAAGAUUGUUUGGUCUGGGUCCAGCAGAUACAUGGCAGGCCUACAACCAGGCAAAGGUGCCCAUCAUCAUCCCAAUGCCGCCGGGGACGUUUCAGCGUCCGCAGGACUGGCCUGCGAACAUCAUGCAGACGGAUUUCAUCUUCCUGCGAAGCCAGGCUGGUGCAGAGAAGAAAUCGCUGGGCGAAGUUGGCGACUUUAUCGAUGUAGCGCGGGCCGAAAACAAGAAGCUUUGCCUCAUUACCUUUAGCAGCAUGCCUGUGCCUCGCCGAACGCUGCUCCGAAUCAUUGCAAAGAUGAUCAACGGGGCCAAGUUCAAUGUAGCCGUGCUCUAUGUUGGUCGCAUUGAGGAAGGGCCGGAGGACCUGGAACGAGCAGCGCAACAGCUAAAGGAGCAGAACCUCUUUUUCGAAACACGUGCUGUGGACUUUGGCCUGCUGUUUCCUGAGAUGGCUUGCUUUGUGGUCCAUGGUGGUCUGGGGACUACCGUGGAGGCUUUGCGAACUGGAAGACCUUGCUGUGUCACUGGACCCCUCCUGAUGGAUCAGCGCUUUUGGGGCUACGUUUGCCACGAAAAAGGCGUUGGCCCUCAGCCAGUGUUUAUCGCAGACUUCGAGAAGCACUGUGUUGACUUCCUGAACAACGCAGUCGACCCGGAAGACCCAGAGAAGUGGCAAGAAAAUGCUUUGGCUACUACCUGGGGGAAGGUGGAGGAUGAUGGUGUUGAAGCCAACGUGUUCUGCAUCCAGAAGCUGCUGAAAAACUUGCAGCCUUUGGUAACCAGAAGCGAGGCAUCGGAUGAUUCCUGGAAAGCACCGAAAUCAUGGCUGUGCUGCGGCGCGGGUCGUGUUGGUGAGCCUGAAGUACUAGAAGCAGUGCCAGCGAAACCUGUAAGCAGGCGCGGGAAGUUUUUGCAGAUACUUUACAUCCACGUUUGA